UAAAUAAAAAACAAUGGCUCACAUUCCCUCGGAAUUGGUAUCACAUUCGCAAAAAGUUUGUAGACUGUAUAAACGCUCUUUGCGUUGUCUGGCGGAUUGGUAUUACAGAACGCACGACUUCAGGUUCCAAGCUGUUUUAAUGAGAGAACGCUUCGAUAAGAACAAAGAUAUAAAGGACAUGCGUUACGCAAAUCAUUUGCUGAUCGAAGGAGAGAAAGAACUCUUUUCUAAACAGCAUCCUCAACCAAUCAUAUUUGCCGAUUCGCCUGGAGGAACUGCAUACAAUAGAGAAGCCCUGAUUCCAGAUUGGAUCUUGGAUUAUUGGCACCCUCUAGAAAAAGCCAUGUAUCCAAAGUACUUUGCACGUCGUGAACAAAUGAAGGAUGAGUACAUAGAGUGGUACAUGAAAAAGUAUCCGGAAGAAAAGAAGAAGAUAGAGGAAGAAAAGAAACUUAAGAGUGGUCAUUAGCUGUACGAAAUAUCAUUACAUACAUUUAUUAUAAAACUAUGAUAUAACGUAGAUAAUAUUGUAAUAUAUCAGUAUAUCAAUAUAUCAGUUCCUAUAGAAAUGAGCUGUUGAAAUAAUA